GUGUGCGUCUGGAUCGCGUGAGGGGCGGAAGACAGAAGUAUAAGAGGAGAAUGGGGGACACGGAGAACGGGGCCUAUCUAGGCCUGACACUUCCCCCUCCGGCCAAAAAGCCAUUGACAAAGAUCGUGUCUCACCUGCUGGUGGUUGAACCAGAGAAGAUCUAUGCCAUGCCAGACCCGACCAUGCCAGAUGGAUACAUCAAGGCCCUGACCACUCUGUGUGACCUGGCUGACAGAGAACUGGUGGUCAUCAUCGGCUGGGCCAAACACAUCCCAGGAUUCUCCAGCCUGUCUCUGGCAGACCAGAUGAGUCUACUGCAGAGCGCCUGGAUGGAGAUUCUGGUCCUGAACAUUGUGUUCCGCUCGUUGGCCUGUGAGGAGGAGCUGGUGUAUGCUGAGGACUAUGUGGUGGAUGAGGAGCACGCUCGUCUAUCUGGCCUGCUGGACCUGCACGUUGCCAUUCUGCCUCUGGUCCGACGCUAUAAGAAGCUGAGCAUGGAGAAGGAGGAGUUUGUCACGCUCAAGGCCAUCGCCCUCUCCAACUCAG